CGAUCGCGCAACAUAUCGGGUCCGCGGCCAAGUGGAGUUUCUUCAGUGGCGGAGCUGAUGGCACUCUGUUAGAGCGCUGGUAUGCUGUUGUGUAUAAACAAGAGUAACAUCGGGACCGGUGGAGGUGACGUGAACAAGUGGACAAUUGGAGUUGGGAUCGGUGUCGGGGCGAUCUGCUUACUUACAGUUGUGCGUAUGUACGGGAGAGGGCGGGGGAAGAAAUCGGCGGGAAGACGCGGACGCUCGUCUAACUGCGGAAGAUAUUGGAUGGAAGGUGGAAAUGGGUUCGGACAAAACCCUCAGAGGGCAAGCAAUGGGAAGUUUGCGAAUAACAACGGUACUGCCGCAGACCCAACUUCCAAUCCACCCCUUCCUGGGAUCUUCCCACAACAGCAGUUUAGCGCAGCACCGGUAGCACCUCCGGGUGUGACGUUGCAGCCAGGUGUGACGAUGCCAAGUAACCUCAUGCAGUAUCAAGCCCCCCUGCAGGGGCAAUGGGGGGUACAGCCAUGGCUACCCGCGGCUCAGUGGCCGAGGAAUCAACAGUGGACUAUGUUGAAUCCACCAAGUCGGCGGGCUAAUGGACAGCAACAGCCAUUUCAGCAGCAAGGUGCAGGGCAUGGUAAUCAUGGACAUGGAGCUGCUGGAGGCGGGGGAAAAGGACCAGCAGCAAAUGCCUUCCCUGGUCCGGGGAACCGGGCAUAUUUCACUAAGGAAUAUAUGGAUAUCAUGGAGGAGAUCAAGACGGAUAAGUUGUUGGAUGAAGCAAAGAAGAAAGUUGCUACAUCUAGAAGAAGUGGUGUGAAGAUCGUGGAGAUUCCGGCUGAGAGCAGCCGUGGUGAGAACUGUGUAAACACUAUGAUUGAGAAGAGCGAUAAGACUGACGAAAUGAAGGCGUGGGUUACGGCUACUUUGGGAGACUCGCUUAAACUCAUUACGGAGAAACUGGAAGAAGUGGAUAAGAAGGCUAAGAUUACUAGCAAGGAGAAGGAAGAAUUCGGACGGCUUUGCGUUAUCAGUGCUGCAGCCGAGAAAAAGAGAAUGGACUCGUCGAGCAGCGAGAAACGGAAGAGAAGUAGGGAACGCACUCCUGCAGUAUGUUCCCCAACGACGAAUCCCGUGAAGACCCGAUCACGUGGAAGCGAGAAACAAAAGUCGAGGACAAAGAGGAUAGAUAUUUCCUCUGACGAAGAAGGCGCUACCGGAGUGAAGCAGAACUUGCAUGCUAAGAUGGAAGGAAGCAGCAAGCUGACCGACAUCAAGCUCAUGCUGGCCUCACUACUGAACGGAAUCGGCGAUAUCAAAGGGAAAAGGAAAGUUAUCUUACCUAGAGUCAAAACAGAACCCGAACCUAUUAAAACCCCGGCGGUAGAGACCAGGGACACUGAAGAUGCCGAAGACGUGAACGUGGUGCAGAACAAGGAAUGUACUGAAGACGAAGAAUAGAUUGAUGAAGGGGGUCUGGCCGCGUAUAUGAAGAUCAGGCACGAAUUUUAUAACUCGUUGCACUAUACACGCGUCAUGGAACUUUGCAAACAGAAAUCU